AUGUUCGUCUUUGCCUUGUGUUCAAGCCUUCUCAUUAUCACAACCCAAAGCCAUGGCCGUUCUGGGUUGCCAAAAAGACAUGCACCUCUUUUCAUAUUUGGGGAUUCAGUCUUUGAGGCUGGAAAUAAUAACUACUUUAACACUACAGCCCGGGCAAAUUAUAAGCCAUAUGGUGAAACCUACUUUAAGUACCCAACUGGGAGAUUUUCUGAUGGUCGUCAAGUUCCAGAUUUUAUUGCUCAGUAUGCGAAGUUGCCAUUGAUUCCACCAUAUCUACAGCCCGAUUUGCAUGAUCUUUCAUAUGGUGUCAACUUUGCAUCUGCAGGAUCUGGUGCUUUGGAUGGAACUCGCCAAGGCUUGGUGAUGAGCCUUAAAACUCAACUGUCAAAUUUCAAGAUCGUCAGGAAGUCGUUGAGGAAGAAACUAGGCGAUGAAAAAGCCAAAUCUCUGCUAUCAAGAGCUGUUUACUUUUUUAAUACUGGAAGCAACGAUUACCUUUUCGCAUUCGACACAGACCCAACUGUGCUCGGAUCCUACUCUCAACAGGAAUAUGUAGACCUGGUGAUAGGCAACAUGACUGCAGUGGUCGAAGGAAUCUAUAAGAGAGGAGGAAGAAAUUUUGCGUUGCUUGACCUCUGGCCUAUGGCUUGUCUUCCAUACGGAAGAGGAACACUUCAAAAAACAGGUGCUUGCUUUGAUACAAUUACACCAUAUGUGACACUACACAACAAAAGACUUGCCAAUGCCCUACAAAAGCUGGAGAAGAAACUCGAGGGAUUCAGAUACUCAUUCAUCAGUUCUAAUGAGUUUCUGACAAAAAGAAUGAACAACCCUUCUAAAUAUGGUUUCGUGGAAGGAAAGGUGGCAUGCUGUGGAAGAGGUCCAUAUGGAGGAAUUUUUAACUGUGGAGGAAUGAAGAUUUCCAAAAAGUAUAAUUUAUGCAAGAAUGUUAGUGAAUAUGUCUUCUUCGAUUCUUCUCAUCCAACCGAGAGGGUCUAUGAACAGUUUGCCAAGAAAAUAUGGAGUGGAAAUUCCAUCACUGCGCCUUACAAUCUGAAAGCACUAUUUGAAAAUUAG